GGUGAAAUCUAAUUAUAUAGUUUUGAAAUGACUUGUCUUGGAAAGAAAGUAACCUCAUAUUUCUUGUGAACUCUGUUUGCAUCUCAUGUUGGUUUAUAGUACAAUAGAGGGGAAUUGCCCUUGAAGGAGGAAGCAGUAGACUAUUGCAUAAAGUGUUGUUUUUUUUUGUAUUCGUCUCUAAUCCAAUGACAAACUUAGUCUAUCUCUUUGUGUGUAUAUAUUUCUGACUUCUCCUAGAUCAGACGGAUACUUUAUAAGCAGGGAAGAAGGACAGCAUGUCCACAGUUCUAGAUCAGACGGAUACUUUAUAGGCAGGGAAGAAGGACAGCAUGUCCACAGUUCUAGAUCAGACGGACACUUUAUAGAGAGGGAAGAAGGACAGCAUGUCCACAGUUCUAGAUCAGACGGAUACUUUAUAGGCAGGGAAGAAGGACAGCAUGUCCACAGUUCUAGAUCAGACGGAUACUUUAUAGGCAGGGAAGAAGGACAGCAUGUCCACAGUUCUAGAUCAGACGGAUACUUUAUAGGCAGGGAAGAAGGACAGCAUGUCCACAGUUCUAGAUCAGACGGAUACUUUAUAGGCAGGGAAGAAGGACAGCAUGUCCACAGUUCUAGAUCAGACGGAUACUUUAUAGGCAGGGAAGAAGGACAGCAUGUCCACAGUUCUAGAUCAGACGGAUACUUUAUAGGCAGGGAAGAAGGACAGCAUGUCCAUAGUUAUUGUAUGUAGCGUCAUUGCGUCAUAGAACGAAACGAACGCCCUCCGGCAUCCCAGAAUUCAGUGCGCGAGCCGCAGCGCACCGACAAAGAAAAAAGGAAAACAAGGGUGGGAUUUGCACAAUACCUCGCAUCAACAAUAAUAGUCGAGACAAAGGCUAAUCAUCAUGCUGCAAAGGAACUGAGUGAGCAAGGCCAACUGAUGUUUAAGGUAGCUUCUGCGCACUCUGAGUCAAAAAGAGAGUAUAAGCUGAAGGGCUAGGUUCGCUCAGUCUGUGCCAAUGCAGCAGCACAGCCGGCAGCCCGACCUAGUGGAAGGAAGACUUCCAGUGUUUGUGUUCCCCACCGAGCUGUUUUUUUAUGCAGAUGAGCAGGCCUCACACAAGCAGGUGCUUACCCUCUACAACCCAUAUGAGUUUGCACUCAAGUUCAAAGUUCUGUGCACCGCACCAAAUAAAUAUGCGGUAGUGGAUGCCACCGGUGCCGUGAAACCACAAUGCUGUGUAGACAUAGUGAUCCGGCACCGAGACGUGCGGGCCUGCCACUAUGGCGUGAUCGAUAAGUUCCGGCUGCAGGUGUCUGAGCAGAGCCAGAGGAAAGCUCUGGGCCGGAAGGAAGUGAUGGCCACACUGCUGCCCUCAGCAGCUCAGGAGCAGCCACAAAGCCGGCCGCAGGAGGAGGAGCGCAGGAUGAAGGAGCAGCUCACUGAUAGCUUGUUCUUUGAGCAGACUGCAUUCCAGACAGAGAGUCGGGCAGCAUCAGGGGGCCCCAGCCUGCUAACCGUCCUGUUGGGUCUAGUGUGUAUGGCUGCCCUUAUGCUCCCUACACUGGGAGAGCAGGAAUCCACAGUGCCUGUCUACCUCCACUUAAGUGUUAAUAAGAAAUUAGUAGCUGCUUACGUGUUAGGUCUUCUUACAAUGGUUAUUCUCCGCACAUGAAGUGCCAGUGUCUGAUGACUUUGUACAGAGAGGAACGGAAGAAAAAGAGCAGAAAUAGACAUUUGCACAACCAGAAGAAUCGUGAAAAAGGGUUGAGCCCAUGAGAUAGAUAAAAGCCACACGUUUAACAGGAACUAACUGCUUAAAUGACAUUAUAAACAUGUACGUCCAAUGAAGAUGCAAACAUCACGGGGCAAGGGAGGGAUGUACUCUAAGUGGACACCCAGAAACACUGACUGAGCUGGUGACUGAGCCACGCUGACUAUCAGGGAUGGUGGGAAAGGUUUGUGUGCAUAACCAAGAGGAAUAUGUUCAAUUAAACAUGUUUUACUUCA